CAACAACUGUAGCCUCCAUUCACCCUUGAUAUUUUCCAGCAAUUACAGCACGAAAUGAACGCCUACGCCUCACAGUACCCGCCGGCUAUUGCGAUUGAUCCUUCAUACAAGGAGUUUUUCCAGGCCUUUUACGCCACAUCGGACACUCCAGAGGCGCACGAAGACUACGUCAAAUACUUCACGAAGGAUGCAACACUAGUCAUGGCUUCCAAAAUAGCAGUGGGCCGAGACGAGAUCCUAGCCUUGCGCAAAGCCAUGUGGGAAACGGUCUCCAGCAGGGCGCACGCACCGCUGAAGAUAUUUCCGUUUGGUUCAGACGCUAAUGAAGUCAUGUUGUAUGGAACGGUAAAAUACGGCCUUAAGGUAGGGGGAGAGUCAAGUAAAGACUGGGCUGCAAGGGCGCACCUCGUCAAGGAAGGAGACGGCAAAGUGAUGAUGAGCUUCUAUCAAGUGUAUCUGGAUACAGCAGCAUAGACCACGUAGAGUGUCGAUCUUAGGUAAAUCAACCCACAGGCUCUUGGAGCUAUUGACGUAGGUGGUAACAUUCGCUGUACACAUGGAGCUUGUAAGCAUCAUAUCCGAUGCUACCUACCAUGACAUUGUCAUCUCUGAAUGAAGCGGGUAUGGGGGAUGCUCCGACUCCCGGAAUCAGGCUGAACAGGUAACUAGUUCGCUGUCUCCCGAAACAAUGAUGGGUCUAUUGGUAUACUUAAAUUGGAGACAACCACAUGGUUCUUCGGGGGGCCCGGCUUCUGUUGACGGUGAUUCAGGCCGAUGGUCUUUUGAACAAAUACAUGCUGACCGCGCCGGAUGUCAUAUUGAUGCAAGA